CAGGCUCGCCAGCCCCGGGGGAGAGCCGGCUCGCUCUCCCGGCCUCAGAGGCGCAAUCGCCGCGACCCCGCGCGCCGGGCGCCGGCCCAGCGCCGCGGCCAUGCCCAGCUCGGAGCUGUGGGCGGUGGAUCUCUUCGGGAAGGUGUUCACGCUGUCCACGGCCGGGCAGCAAUGGGAGCUGUGCAGGGACGCCCAGCUGGAGUUCAAGCGGGUCAGUGCGGCCGCGCCGUGCUGCUGGGGCAUCGCCUGCGACAACCAGGUGUACGUGCGCGUGGGCGCCAGCGACGUCCCCAUCCGCUGCCGGGAGGAGGCCUAUGAGAAUCAGCGCUGGAACCCCGUGGGCGGCUUCUGUGAGGCGCUCCUGCCGAGCGACCGCUGGCCGUGGAGCGACGUGAGUGGGCUCCAGCACCGGCCGCUGGAUGGGGUGGCGCUGCCCUCGCUGCAUUGGGAGUGGGAGUCGGACUGGUACGUGGACGAGAAUUUUGGAGGGGAGCCCACAGAGAAAGGGGGGUGGACAUAUGCCAUUGACUUCCCCGCCACGUACACGAGGGACAAGAAGUGGAAUUCCUGUGUGCGGCGCCGGCGGUGGACCCGGUACAGGAGAUACAAGUCCCGGGACACCUGGGCCAAGAUCCCGUCGGAGGAUGACCCCCAGCAGUUGCCUGACCCCUUCAGUGACCUCUCUGUGGGGGGUUGGGAGAUCACAGACGAGCCCGUGGGCCGCCUGUCCGUGUGGGCCGUGUCUCUGCAGGGGAAGGUGUGGUACAGAGAGGACGUCAGCCACUCCAACCCCGAAGGCUCGUCGUGGUCCCUGGUGGACACCCCAGGGGAGGCGGUUCAGAUCAGCUGUGGGCCCCACGACCUGCUGUGGGUGUCGCUGUGGGAGGGACAGGCCUUGGUCCGGGAAGGAAUCAACAGGAACAAUCCCAAAGGAAGUUCGUGGUCCGUGGUGGAGCCUCCCACAUCUGAAAACGGGAUCCUGCAUGUCUCCGCAGGAGUCGGUGUCGUCUGGGCCAUCACCAAGGACCGGAAGGUUUGGUUCCGAAGAGGCGUCAACUCUCACAACCCCUGCGGCACCAGCUGGAUCGAGAUGGUUGGAGAAAUGAUGAUGGUGAACGUGGGGCUAAACGACCAGGUCUGGGGCAUCGGCUGGGCGGACCGGGCCUUGUACUUCCGUCAUGGCGUCACCCAGAGCGAGCUCAGCGGGAAGACGUGGAAGGCCAUCGUCGCCGGCCGGGAGUGUGACGGCUCACGCGCGGGCAGCUUGUCUAGCCUCCUCAGCGCCGGCUGCUUCUUUGGCGACGAGGUGAGGGGUGGUGGCGAGUCCCGUGUGCCAAGCGACUCGGAGGCCGAGAGACCCGGGCCUGACCCUGAGCGUGAUGUGGAGGUUGCCGGCCCUGCCUCCGCCCCGGCCGAGCUGCCCUGGACCAACAUCGACCUGAAGGAGCCCAAGAAAGGGCCCAGCCAUGCGGCCGCUGACUUUCCCGAGGCCACCAACCUCUCGUCGCUGGCACUUCUCCCGCUGGGCCUGGAGGAGCCCGAGAGCACCGACUGCCACGCGCUGUGGGCCUGGGUGUCCGGAGGAGGCUGUGCCGUGGAGGCCCACACCACGCUCAAGUGGUUCACCGCCCACUCGGGCCUGCCCGCCUCCAUGCAGAUGCUCUCGCUGCCCAUCACGCCGGCCCAGACGGCCGCCUGGCGGAAGCAGAUCUUCCAGCAGCUCACCGAGAGGACCCAGCGGGAGCUGGAGAACUUCCGACACUACGAGCAGGCCGUGGAGCAGUCGGUGUGGGUGAAGACGGGGGCCCUGCAGUGGUGGUGCGACUGGAAACCCCACAAGUGGGUGGACGUCCGUGUGGCCCUGGAACAGUUCAUGGGCCACGAUGGAGUUCGGGACAGCAUCCUUUUCAUCUACUACAUGGUCCACGAGGAGAAGAAGUACAUCCACGUGUUCCUCAACGAGGUGACGGCGCUGGUCCCCGUGCUCAAGGAGGCCAAGCACUCCUUCGCCGUGUACACCCCCGAGAGGACACGGCAGAGGUGGCCUGUGCGCCUGGCCGCUGCCACCGAGCAGGACAUGAGCGACUGGCUCGCCCUGCUCAACCUGUGCUGCUGCGAGAGCCGGAGGGUGCACGGCCGCCCCUCCCCGCAGGCCAUCUGGUCCGUCACCUGCAAGGGGGACAUCUUCGUGAGCGAGCCCAGCCCAGACCUCGAGGCCCCCGAGCGCUGGCCGCCCUGUGACCAGAUGUUCUGGCGGCAAAUGGGAGGCCACCUGCGGGUGGUGGAGGCCAACAGCCGGGGCGUGGUGUGGGGCAUCGGCUAUGACCACACGGCCUGGGUGUACACGGGUGGCUACGGCGGAGGCUGCUUCCAAGGCCUGGCCAGCAAUACCAGCAACAUCUACACGCAGUCGGACGUAAAGUGUGUCUCCAUCUACGAGAACCAGCGCUGGAACCCCGUCACGGGCUACACCAGCAGGGGUCUGCCCACCGACCGGUACAUGUGGAGUGACGCCACGGGCUUGCAGGAGCGCACCAAGGCCAGCACGAAGCCCCCAUCCCUGCAGUGGGCCUGGGUUUCUGACUGGUUCGUGGAUUUCAGCAUCCCUGGGGGCACGGACCAGGAGGGGUGGCAGUACGCCAGCGACUUCCCUGCCUUGUACCACGGGCACAAAACCAUGAAGGAUUUCGUCAGGAGAAGGUGCUGGACCAGAAAGUGCAAGCUGGUGACCAGCGGGCCCUGGCUGGAGGUGGCCCCCAUCGCCCUGGGGGACGUGUCCAUCAUUCCGGAGAUCCCGGGGGCCCACGGGAGCGGGCCCGGCAUCGCGCUCUGGGCCGUCAGUGACAAGGGGGACGUGUUGUGCCGUCUGGGCGUGUCCGAGCUCAACCCCGCGGGCUCCUCCUGGCUGCACGUGGGCACGGACCAGCCCUUCGCCUCCGUCUCCAUCGGGGGCUGCUACCAGGUGUGGGCCGUGGCCAGGGACGGUUCCGCCUUCUACCGUGGCUCCGUGUCCCCGUCCAAGCCGGCUGGCGACUGCUGGUACCUCAUCCCAUCUCCUCCCAAACAGAGAUUGAAACAGGUGUCCGUGGGGCACACAGCGGUGUUCGCCUUGGACGAAAACGGGAACCUGUGGUACCGCCAGGGGGUCACACCCAGCUACCCGCAGGGCACCAGCUGGGAACACGUGUCCAACAAUGUGCGCCGCGUGUCCGUGGGGCCCCUGGACCAGGUCUGGGUCAUCGCCAACAAAGUCCAGGGGAGCCACAGCCUGAGCCGGGGAACUGUGUGUCGCCGCACGGGUGUGCAGCCCCUGGAGCCCAAGGGGCAGGGCUGGGACUAUGGCAUCGGGGGGGGCUGGGAUCACCUGUCCGUCCGGGCCAGUGCCACCAGGGCCCCCAGGAGCUCAUCCCAGGCGACGGCCGGCAAGCGGAGAGGGGAGCAGGGCCUCCCCAGUGGGCCCUCGAAGGUGGCCGGUGCCCCGCAGGAGACCCCCAAUCCCGUCUGCUGCUGAGGCCGCUUCCCCUCACCUGGAGCAGGUGUGAUGCUGGGUUUGAAGGACCAAGGUUGAUGCAAGCCUUCCUGUCGAGAGCUGUUCUCGUGCUGAACGUGCUGAAACGUGGAUCCCAGGAGUGGUAUCUCCAGGCCCAGAUUCGAGACUGGGGAGGGAACCUGGCCUGAGGUCAUGGCCACCUGGGAGGCACUGAAACAACCCAGAAAUGUGAAGCUCUGUGGACGCUGUGUGUCCCCAGCUGCGAGAAGAACGUGGGGUGUGGGGUGCAGACCCCUUCGCCCCGGCCUCUCCUGCCCGUCCCUUCCCUCUCUGCCUCCUCCCUCUCCAGGACGGGAGCCUGGAGCCUUCCAGGAGCACUGCCCCUGGGGAAGAGAGCCCACGAAGGACCCCUGAGUCCCGGGCAUCCCCAGACGGCGUCGGCCCUGCCCCCUAAAGAAAAAUGGCUGUGGGGCUCAGGGUGGCUUUGCCUGGACCUGAUCAGUUCUCAGAGCAGGAUUCGCAAACGGGGUUUCCUUUCAAAAGUUAAGGAAGGAGUUGGAAGGUUGGAAAUAAGUGCUGGGGAGGGGCGUCUUCUUCCGCGGGUGGGCCGGGCCCUCCUGGGGUGGUCGGAGGACGGAGGGGCCGCCCGUGGCUGCGAGAAGCUGUCCAAGUGCAGAGUCACCGUCGUUGGUCCUCAGCCAGCCCUUCCUCUGACGGGGUUGGGGUCUGGGGGCUCCUUUUACAUCGGAUCAUGUCGCAGGGGGUGGGGCGGGUGGCGUCCAGCCGAGAGGGGCCUGGAGGCCUCAGCCCGGAGCAGAGCCCUAGGGAGGCACCCCCCAAGCAGCCCCACUCCCAGCGGGCAGCUUCUCAGCUGCUUCUUUUUUUUUAAUCAGAAAAAGGCCCCAUUUGGUGCAGUCUCAAGUUGGCUUCCCACAGCCAGACGCGUUGCCCGCGGGUCAUCAGGGCGCAUGUCCCGUCUCUGCUCAUUUUGAGAUGGAUCGAGCUGACCGCCAGCUUCCCCGGCGUUCCCGUCAGGAGGGCUCGGCUGUGCACUGUUUUGUGGUGCAGUGUUUGCAGCCCAGAGGCUGACUCUAAGGAGGUCUCCCUUGGGUCCCCUCCUGAGGGGCACUGGAGGGAGCCGGUGGCCUCUGCCUUUGCCUCGUCUCCUGGAGGUGGGACCGGGAGCCGUGAGUCUGGGGGCAGUGCCCAGGCAAAGCAAGUGAAGGGCCGGGUGGGCGGCGCCCUCCUGUCUGUUUACACUCGUGGUUGUCAGGUUUCUCCGAGCGGGCAUUACUGUUUCUUCUGCGGCAGUGCCCUGUUGUUCUGCUGUGACUCGCUGGUUUCACCCUGCCCUCUCUCCAGGGCGACCGUGUCCCCUCCUUGCGGAGCACCAACUGCUGACCUGCUCAGCAUCACUGAACCAUCUCGAUUCCUCGGAUGCUUUAUUCAAUAAAAACUUAGGCCAGACUGUCAA